AUGGCAGCGAAACGAAAAGCUGACGAAAUUAGUACCGGAAACCAUUUCGACGAUGGGAGAAGAGAUUCAUCGCCUUUGGCAGCCGCCUAUGGUCUCAAUCUCGAACCCUCGACGUCAAUGCCAGUGUCAGCAAAAUCACCCAGAAGCGAGGCCAAUCUACGUGCCAAGCAGACAUUCCACAGGGUUCGACAUUUUCAAGCCUCUGUUGACGCAAAAGCCUUAGACACAGCCAGUCAAGCUCUAGCCGAAGCGGUUGCAUGUGCCAGCGCAGCUGGAAAGGCUUCGUCCUCCUGUCCCGCUCCGCCAAUACCGAACUCAGCUAAUGUUGCGCCAACCUCAAACAACAACAAGCUAACGGGCUUGGACGCGCGAUGUAUACCAUAUCAAACAGGCAACCAUUAUUGCGACGGUCAGAGACCCAACUGUGAUGAGUGUAAAGCCUCAUGGGGUAAUUGCACAUAUCCUGCAGUUCAGGUAACUGCUGGUCAGAGAAUUCGAUGCCUUGGUUGCCAGGACAAAGGUCAAUUCUGCGACUUCGAAAUGCCGCGGUGUUCUUGUUGUGCGAAGAAGAACGAAAAGUGUUUAUACCCAGUACGAUACCCUGCUGAAUGGUGCAUUUUGUGUCGUCAGCCUGGACGUCAAUGUGAUAUGCAACAGCCUAGGUGCUCGACAUGUGUUAGGAAUCAGCAACCUUGCAAGUACGACACUCAGCCCCUCUUGCUCCCCAAGACAGCAACGAAAGCUAUCGAUCUUACAUCAGAUGCAGAAGAACCAAAUGAUCCCGAGUACGAAGUCGAAGCGAUUCGGAGACAGCGUGUACGGAAAGGUGUCACGGAGUACCUCGUUAAAUGGAAAGACUAUACUGAAGCAGACAAUACAUGGGAACCAGAAGAAAACCUGGAGGGUGCGUCCGAAGCUCUUGAGACAUUUCGUUCGAGGCACGUCGUUAGUGAUUCUCAGCAGCAGCAAAACGUACCGCCACCGCCUCAUCGUCCUUUCGAAGUCAGGAUGUACCAGCCUCCUCAUUCAAAUGCGCAAGUACCACCUCAAUUUAAAGAGCAGAAAAAGCAGCUGCCAGGACCACCAUUUCCUACUUCUCAACAGCACAUGUCUCCUGAGAUGGCAGAACUGGCUGCAGCAAAGGCAAAGAUUGCUAUGCUCGAGGCACGACUUGCUAACCAGCAAAAUGUUGGUCAACUCAGAAAUGACCCGACAGGAUCAGGUGUUGCUGCUCCUGUACAACAAUUACACUACGGUGCGACUCCUGUCCUACCCCUUGCUCAACCAAGGAAGCGCAUUCCUGACGACGUGAAAUCAAUUGUUGCGCAUCGAUAUGGAGCAAUAGGUAGUGAGUACCUAGUCCGCUGGAAAGAUGCUGGUCUUGACGAUGAUACAUGGAUACCAGCAGCGGACCUGACAGACAUUAAGAGUGCUAUACUCGAAUUCCAAGAUGUCAUGAAGUAUGGAGAUAACAUCUAUGAUCGGCCACCAAUACCCUAUCAGUCUCCAAUACAGACCGCUGAAGAGAGAAGGAAAGGUGCAUGUUGCCGCAGAUGGAUACCACACGACAUCUUGUGCAUUGUCAAUCGUCGACAUCGCAAGAAUUUUCGUGUUGAAUACUGUGUUCAUUGGAAGGGUCCUGGUCCGCCUACAUGGGAAACACAACUGUCCCUCCGAAAUGCAGCGAUAUACGUCGAGAGAUAUCACACUAGUUUGGGCAAACCUACCGAUAUACACCCUAAUCUGGUCCAGCAACCCUCGGCCGCAAAAGUCGGAGCACGACCACAAGACAAUAUUCGUGUGGGGCCAUAUAAUCGAGCCACAGGGCCACAAGCAAUCAAUUCGCCACAUACUUUCGCUGACCAGACCACCUCGAAUGUUCAAAACAACACUGGUGCUUCGGCAGCAGCAGCACAGGGUAAGGGAGCUCAGUUGUCACAUGCAUCCAGGCAACAUCCGCCUGCUCCACCACUAGCAACUCCUUUUCUUGGAAAGCCUCUUCCAGCGCCUCAAUUGUUUCAACGCAAUGACACGAACGUAACUCCUACUUCCAGCUCUAGACUCCCUCUGACUACAGCAUCACCCGUGCCAUCAUCCUCCAAGAACAAGCGUGGACGACCUAGAGAGCAAUCCUUGCCAGACGCCCAUUCGAGGCCUCCACAACCGAAGCCAAGCAAGCAGUUUGUGCCAGUCGUUGAUCUUACACAAAGUAACCAUAGCUCCAACGCUCCUCCUGCGUCUAGUGGGAUCAAAAAGAACAAAAGCUUGGUGGGUAAGUUAGCUGAACUCAAGUCCAACACAAACAAGCUCAAUGUACAACAAAGUGUUACUCGGCCAGUCAAGCACGACAAUCACAAUGAUAGACAGCAAGGACAAUAUCUUCUUAUCCCUGAGAACGAAACGUUUCUAGUAAGCCGAGUCUUUCCUUUCAGCCCAUACGGCCCGUAUACCCAGCAUAACGUGGCAAUGAAUGUUCUGCUUGCGGCAGGAAAACACCCUUGGUUACCAGCACUGAACGUUCGCCUGCGCGGUCUCAUCGAUCGUGGUGCAAAUGGUGGUGAGCUAGACGCGCAGGCGCAGCAUCAACGUGGAGAAAGCUUCAAGCAGUAUGUAACAGAGCGUCUGUUGGCGGAGCAGAGUCAGAGGCCGAACCAAGUUCCCCAAACCCGGUCAUGA